UUCAUCUUCAGAAUUGAUGAGAUAGCCGUACACCCACACGCAUCGCCGAUCUAUACUCCACAGGGCUCAUGGGUACCAGGUACAAACCCCGGAAGCAACGUACUAGUCAACAAGGGUGUCUCAGGCAGAUACUGGUUCUGUGAUGGGCGACAUAUCUAUCAAGCACCGCACGUCCCACAACUAGCCCCUUAUGAUAUCUUCUCUGUAUACUACUCGGGAGGCUCUGGGUUCUGGGUUCUAAAAGGCGUAGACGCGACUAAACCCCCACCCCAUGACGGGUGGCACCUUUUGUCAUUUGACCACGAUCAGACUAACCACUCCUCCUACCUUACCAAUGCCGGAACACAGCCCACCCUGAAAUGCUCACAACCCGGUCAACAGUGGGCGCGUAUGCUACUGCCAGACAUAUACCAUGCUAUUGGGGAAACGACUGUGGAAGGUUGGGGAGGCCUCAAAGGCGAGCUUGGUAUAUUACUUGCGUUGUUUGCACUGUCAGUAUCAUGCGAGCAUGUUGAAGCAUUGUUACCGCACGUCUUUGUUGAAGGGAAAUGGAUGACCCAUGAUUUUCCACACGGUCGUCAGCACAAACGAGGUGUUGUUGUUCAUGUUCAUCCUUGUCCAGCAACCUGGGCAGGAGGCUCAACACCAGCUGACUUGGCCGCAUACGAGAAUGGGAAGUUUGGCAAUUACUUUGACUGAUUGUUUAGUCUAUGAAAAACUGGGCUACACUGCUAACAUGGCUGUGUAUCCUAAGACUUUGGGGAAUUGAGCAAAAUGCAGAUAUCAUUCAAGAAGCACCUAAAUCGUCUAAUUGUGAAUGGCUAUCACCGUGACAAGCCUUGGCAGUUAC